GUGAGCGUUCUCUUGCCGAUUUGUGUAUAUAAAUGUUCAACUCUUGCCCAGUUAGGCCAUAAAGAAAAUUUGUUGAAAGAAGAAAGUUAUUUGGAAAUAAAUAUACGACAGAAGAAAACAAAACAUGUUGAGAAUAGUUUUUGCUUGUUUAUUACUUGUUAUUCGUCAAGCACAGGGUUGGUCUCUUGUAACCUCGCGCACAGUGCAUGAACCCGAGCUUUUAGAGUUGGCGGAAAUAUACGACAGUCAAGAUGAAUAUCGCCUAAAUGAUCCAGUUGUUGGUUUAACCGCCCUUAAAGACAAAAAACUGGUUUCCUGUUUUGUAAACGACUAUGACCCACUCUGGUUACCGGCCCCAUCUGAUAAAAGUUACAUUAUGAGUAGUCAGCCUUGUGAAAAGGUAAACAAAAACACAGACUUGGCCUCACUGAGGAACAAAGCAGGUCCAAAAAUUGCUAGCAUGUGUAAGGAUCUGUAUGUGUUUUGGCUUGCUGCCCGCAAUAUGGAGCCUCCACCGUUACUGGACACGUACAAACAGGAGUCGCGACACUGUGACUUUGAUGAUGACAUGCCCACCACUCCAAAACCUUUAAAGGAGCUACUAGACGAUAGAAGUUUUCAAAGUGAAAGCAGACAUGAAAAUGCACCACCAAUGAUUGGAGACGGACCACCACCAAUGAUUGGAGACGGCCCACCACCAAUGAUUGGAGACGGCCCACCACCAAUGAUUGGAGACGGCCCACCACCAAUGAUUGGAGACGGCCCACCAUCAAUGUUACGUAAUGCUGAAGUACCAAUGACAAAUGACGGUGCACCACCAAUGAUCGGAGACAUUCCACCGCCGCUAAUAGACGGAGAUGCACCGCCAAUGACACGUGACGGACCACCGCCAUCAUUGAAUAACAAUGGUCCACCGCCGAUGUUAAAAGAUGUAGAACUUGCACCACCGGCUUUGGAUGCAAAUUUACAUUCUAGGCGUGACUUAGAUGUACCGGCUCCACCUAUGCUAAAUGGACAAGUAACAAACAAGAAACCAUCGGCAGUCACGUUGGCGGACAUGCUGAAAAAAUUUAAAGAAAAUCGAGCAGCAAAUGUGUUUGCAGUUCCAACGCCAGACAUGAAGACACCCCCUCCUCCAAAGUUCCGAAGAUAUAUGUAAAUCAGAGUUCAAAAGAGACAAUUAAAAUGUAAAUCAAACAUUUGGUGCUUUUCUUUCCAAUUAAGAAAUCUUUAAUUUAAGCAUUGCUGUAUUAUCUUUUUCCGUUUCUGUGAUAUGAUAAUUUGGUAGUAACUGCUUAAAGUUUACAUGGCAGACGUAUGUUUUUUGUUAUUGAAGCUAUAUUUAUGGUGUAUAUGUUUGUGUGCGCAUGCGUGCGUGCGCGUGUGUGUGUUCAUUGUUUGAAGGCCUUCGAACAUUUCUUUUAAAUAUUGUAUUUCAUUGUGAUAUAACGAUCAAACUGACUAUUAACUCGAAUGUUGCUUACUCAAUUCGAACACCAAUACAAGACACUUAGAGGUUUAUAAAAUACAAGCCCUUGCUUAAAUAAGCAGGUGAUACACCCGUGAUAGAUUAAACAUGAUAAUCUAUAUAUAUAUGUCAUCAACAUAUUCUGUGUUGCUGUUGUUAUUGUUGUUGCUAUUGGUAAAUAAAGAUGAAUUUUAACAAUU